AUGACCAUAACUAUACUCGAGCCCCCGAAGUGCCCGAAAUGCUACGAAUACGGUAUACGGCGGAUAGUCAACAGCAGCAACCCGAAUGGCAAUGCGGGCCGCCCAUAUUACAUAUGCUAUUCAUGUGAUCGAUUCAUCUGCUUCGCUGAUCGACGCGGGAUAAGUCCGGCCAACCGGCGCUGCCGAUGCGGCAAGUACACUCGUAGGCAAAUAUCGGGGACUGGGAAGGAGCUGCCACAUGGGAUUCAUUAUGUCUGUGCUCGUGGAUGGUGUUGGUUCUACGAGAAGGAGGUGGAUCAGGAUGGUGUCCAGCGACAGGUUCCGGCUAGGCUGGUGGGGACUUGUGCAAGUUACUCUUAUAUCUGA